AUGACUCAUCUUAAGUAUAAUUUGCACGAUGGAAUUUGUGAAUUUCCAUCGAGACAAUUUUAUGAUGGAAAGCUACGUACAGCUGACGAGGUGAAGUCACGUGCUCCUAGUCCAGUUUCCUUUUGGCCCGCACAAGUACGCCGCCAGAGGAAACUGCCAAUUGUAUUCUGUCACGUGGAAGGGCAAGAGGAAUCUGCUGCCAUAGCUACCUCAGAGAGCAACGAGGAGUCCAAGAGAAAUAUGAAAGAAGUUCAUAAGGCAGUUCAAGUAGCAAAGCAUCUUGUUAACCGUUACGUGUCCCAUGUGCGAAGGUCAGACGUGGUCAUUCUGUCUCCUUACAGAGAACAGCGAAGCAAAAUCACGGAACUCUUAAAGGGAGCAUACGAGGAUAUCAAAGUUACAACAAUCACUAAAAGUCAAGGAAGUGAAUGGGAUUAUGUCAUAAUAUCCUUGGUUCGGUCUGUGAAGCGCGACGAAAUAGAUCUCGAGCCUUCCCUUUCUUGGCUUCGUAACCAUCUGGGAUUCUUGACUGAUGAGCAUCAAAUGAACGUGGGACUAACUCGAGCUCGUCGGGGACUUUGCAUUAUAGGAAACAAGUAUCUUCUGGAACUGGAUCCUGCUUGGAAAAGCUUGUUAGAGCAUUACGAAGACAAUGGCUGUCUUGUAAACGAGGAUUGGCCUUGGCCAUAAUUGAGUGAACUUCAAGUCACAGAUAACUUUUUUUAAUUAAUAAGAAUUGAAAUUAAAUUAAAUUAAAUUCAGAGGAGAAUUUUUGCAAACGAAGCCAAGCUUAGAGCAAGUUUUGUCGGUCAGGAGUAGAAGGAAAGGAAAUGAAAGGAUUGUAGGAACUUAGUGUAAUAAGAGUAAGUGGAUAUUUACAGUUCUCUAUCAAGCCUAGUAAUAAAACAGUAGGAUCAGGUUUUUAAAAGACGCCUAAGAGCAACUUAAAUGAUAAAUAAUAAUAAUAAUAAUAAGAAUAAUAAUAAUAAUAGUUUAUGGAAAGACCAAUACGGCAGUCGUUAGACUGAAUUACACUGUUAAUUCUAUGAAAUAUCAAUAAAAAUUACAAAUUUCUGAUUGAAGCCAUAAUGAAGGAUUUUUUAAAACGAUCGGUACGAUGGCGGGGUUCACUGAAAGAGUUUGGCAUCUCAUAAUGGGUAUCUUAAGCGAGAUACAUUUUUUUUCUCGAUUUAUUACUUAAAACAAUUGGCAUCUAAUGUCAGUGUAUGUAUAAAAAUAGGUAUAAUUGCUUCAGGUGAGAGGAGCAGAGCUGGAUUAUCUCUCCAAGAGUUUAAGAUUGACGAUUAUUUUUUAUCAACAGAAAUUUGGUUUAGAUUAAACUACAAUGACGAAGACAUAA